AUGGCAGCACUUGCUCGACGAAGUAGUCUGGCAAACAAGACGAAGCUCAAGAGCACUUCAAGUGCACAAUCCACAGCAGCAUUGUUGACUGGCAAGUCAGGCGAUGUCGCUCUGGUUUCGACCAACUCGUCGAUUGUAUCGCUGCUGGAUUCUACGCAGCAUGAUGAUGCAUCUGCAUUGCGUAAAGAGCCACCAGCAGGACCUUGCAUCCUUCCUACAGCUCGUGAACCCCCCAUGGCUCCACUGCGCAUGUCAUUGCUGAGAAUAUCGCAAUCUUCUCCGCGGCUUGUGGGCACCUCGGCGCUUGAAAGAAAAGCUCCAGAUGUAACAGCUGCCGAGAACAUCAUUGAAGUGACAGAUGAUGGCGAUUGCAGCAAAGAUAGCAGCUAUUUGUCCAAGCGCCCAAUCAACAGCACUCGUGUGCCGCCUAAACGCGCCGCAAGUCUCUUAGUGACUUCAACGAACCAUACGAGCGAUGAGUCCAUCGUGUACGCUGUCGCACUACUCCGCAAACUUCAGCAGCAUGCUUAUGCAAAUGAAAGCGGCGAGGCUGCGGUGCAACGCGAGGAACUUGAUAAGAUUCUUCACGGUUUUUCUCGCGCACUCAAAGGUGUGACCUCAAUUUGGGACGAACGGAGUGUUGAAAACACGGUGCAAAAGCUCUUUGACGCACACUCGAACGUGUUUGACGAAAGCAUGCAGAAUUACAUCAUUCAGAACUUUCUCAAUGAAUCGGGGAGCGCGAAAACAUUCCGCACAGCAUUGCGAAGGACAAGUGUGCUACGCCGCUGUUUACUAGCCAUGUAUCAGCCCGAGCAAAGCAAUGGCGUAAAGCGCAGCAAUGGUACGGGUAACGCAAAAGGAGCCGCUACCCGCCGCUGGAGCGAAGCAGUGGCACGAAUCUUGAAGCAGAAGGAAAACGAACGCCACCAGUUUUCGAUCGAAGUAUGUCCAGAAAUUACGAAUCCAUCAAUACUGCUUGCCGUUAAGGAUGAGAUUGCCAACAUUGACUCCUGGAACUUUGAUGUCUUUGCGAUUGCGGCAGCUGUUCCAGGUCAAACAUUGUGUAUCGUCGGUAAUGCACUAUUGGAGCAGUACGAAAUAUGUCGUCACUUUCGGACAACGAAAGCGCACGUUCAGUCGUUAUUGAGGCAUGUCCAACGUAGAUAUCAUGAUCACCCUUAUCACAACGCCGAGCAUGCAGCAGACGUUACACAAACGCUGCACCACUUUUUAUCUGUUGGAAACCUGGGCAGCUUAUUUAGUGAACGUACAAAGUGUGCGGCACUUUUAGCCGCGAUUAUCCAUGAUGUCGGCCAUACAAGUUACAGCAACAAUUUCCAUAUUACUGUCAACGACGAAUUAGCCAUUCAACACGUGUACCGCUCUCCGCUUGAGCACAUGCACUGUGCAUUGGCUUUUCAAUUAAUGAAGGAUCCCCAAUGCAACAUUCUCCAGGGUUUAACAAGAAUUGAGCAACAAGAGGUCCGUACUUUGAUUACUGACAUGGUCUUAGCAACCGAUAACAGUGUGCAUUCCACGUACUUGGGUAAGCUCGAUAACCUCGUGAGAAGAUCGAGUGAAGAAGGUUGGAAACAUGGAAACCGAGAGGACGAGCGAUUGGUGCUGCAGAUGGCAUUGCACACCGCAGACGUGUCGAAUCCGACCAAGUCGCUUCGCAUUUAUCUCGCAUGGGCCGAGCGUAUUAAGCAGGAAUUUUAUCAACAAGGUGACAAGGAACGUGAACUGCUUCUUCCCGUGAGCAUUGGCUACGACCGUGAACAGCCUAUUCCACUUGAAAAAAUGCAAGCAGGUUUCAUCAUUGGCAUUGUUCGACCGCUCUUCCUGUCACUGAGUCUUCUGCCUAGUGCACGAUUAGGUCAUUGUAUGGCACAGUUGGAUGCAAAUUUAUCUCAUUGGCAGGAUGAGAUGAGUCGCAAUCAGGAUUUCGUCGUCAAGUCUCCACUCUCUCCGAUUGAAGGAAUUUAUUGA